AUGCAGCAGCGUCCGCUGCGGCGCGUCCAGAUCGAAUCCAAGCCCUACGGCUUCACGAAGGCCGACUUGAAGCUGGUCGACCCUCCGACGCCUGCUCAGCGCGACCAGCAGGGCCUCUUGCGCAUAGCGGAGCGACAGGCUCGCACCUUGCGACUACAGACCCUGCAUGGAGUGGCCUUUCAGCCCACAACAGAAAGAUCGGGACCCCAAGUUGUGCCUAUCAUAGCAGUGCCGCGUCCCCGGGUGCCCUACCUCGUGCACAUGUAUAUCUGGAACGGCAGCACCAAUCUCCACUCGAAGGCCCAUCCUUUUUGUUGCUGGAUACCCGUCCGCGUCGUGGCCGUCCGCGUCGUGGUGCAGAAUCGCCCUUUACCAACAACGACCGCCGCCGCUACGAUGGGAAACAUACUGCAUUACGGCCCUGUGAAGAAGCAGAUCAAGGUGCGCAGCAACCAGGUGAUCAAGUUCAUCAAGCCGAUCGUUCACUACGGCUUCCUGCCCCUUGUCAUUUACCUCGGAUUGAACACGGAACCUCAAGCUGACCUGUUGAUGGUGCUGCUGCCAUGGGUCCAGCCCGAUGCUCCUGCCGGUGCCGAGUUUUAGACAGCCUAGCGACACACCCAACAACACCACCCCCGCCUUAUAAUUCCAACGAAUCAUCAAUCCAUGUUAUGUAUAUAUC